CGGCCUCAGAGUCUCGGGAUGAAACCGCCCGUUGUUCGCGCCCGCCCCGCUGACCCCGCCGCCCUGGCACGGUUUUCUGUUCGCCAGGGUCGCGGGUGGGAGGCGAGGAACGCCGGGGUUCAGGAGCCUGGCUCCCCGCCAGGGCUGUGGACUUCAGCCCGGGGGCCACCGGGCGGCCGCGCCUGCGAGGCGGGCGGGGAGGACGCCGGCCCCGGCGCAGCUCGGCCAUGGGCUCCCGCAGCUCCCACGCCGCCAGGAUCCCCGACGUGGACAGCAUCCGGCGGGAGACGGGCUUCUCGCAGGCCAGUCUGCUCCGUCUCUACCACCGGUUCAGGGCGCUGGACAGGAACGAGAAGGGCUACCUGAGCCGCGUGGAUCUGCAGCAGAUCGGGGCGCUGGCCGUGAACCCCCUGGGGGACCGCAUUAUAGACAGCUUCUUCCCGAAUGGGAGUCUGCAGCUGGACUUCCCAGGCUUCGUCAGAGUCCUGGCUCACUUUCGACCUGUAGAUGAUGAGGACGAUGGAAACCGGGACCCCAAGGAACCCGAGCCCCUCAACAGCAGAAUGAACAAGCUUCGCUUUGCAUUUCAGCUCUAUGACCUGGAUCGUGAUGGAAAGAUCUCCAGGCAUGAGAUGCUGCAGGUUCUCCGGCUGAUGGUUGGGGUACAGGUGACAGAAGAGCAGCUGGAGAGCAUCGCCGACCGCACGGUGCAGGAAGCUGAUGAAGAUGGGGAUGGCGCUGUGUCCUUCCUGGAGUUCACCAAGUCCUUAGAGAAGAUGAACAUCGAACAGAAAAUGAGCAUCCGGAUCCUGAAGUGACGCCCUUUGUGCCUUCGGGUAGCUUACAUGGACCAGUACUGCUGGGGAGUCCUCCUUGUGGAGGCACAGCCCCAGUGAACUGUAUUCUUACUUUUACACUGAGAUCUAAUCAGGGCCAAGGAGAGAAAGCUGGAAGGGUGUUUACUAACUCAUUUGAUCUCAGAUCUGUGAAUCAUGCAGAAACUUUUCAGUUGCAAGGGACUGAAAACCCAAAUCAAAGGGACUUCAGUUAAAAAGGAAUUUUAUGGGCUCAUGUAUUGAAAAAGUACUGAAGUAUCUUCAGAAAACUGGGAAAGUCUCAGGCACAGCUGGAUCCAAGGGCUGAAAUGAUGCUCUCAGGGCUCAGUUAUUCUCCAUUUCUCAUCUCAGCUUUCUUUUGUGUUGGAUUCGUUCUCAGGAGGGCUCUUUCCUUGUGGUGGAGGAUGGCCACCAGCAGCUCCAGGUUUCCAUCCUACUAACCUAGUAAUGCAGUGAGAAGGGAUUUUCUUGUUCCAUAAUUUCCAAGCAAAGAGUGUCCUUAGCCCUACUGGAGUCUUGUCCCUUCUCCAGGGGAAUGGAACUCUCUAUUUGGCCAGGACUGCGUCAUGUGCUAACUGCUAGAGCCAGGAAAUGAGGCCUUAGGAGGACUCAAGAUGGGGUAAGGGAUGAUUGCUUGUAGGCAAAUGCAGGGCUAUUAUCAGAAGGGGAAAUGAUGCCAGUCUGGCAAAGCAAGAGCUAGCCAUUACUGUUAGGCCGACCAAGUGGAGGGGUUCUUCUCAAAUGGGUCCGGCUUCUUAAAUGGGUUUUCACUGAUCUCGUGGGUGUUUUCCAGUGUGACGAGGAUGGGUAGCAGGGAAAGAGGUGAUGUGAAAAUAAUAAACAAGACAUACCUUCCUAGAGUAUGAAAUAAUUAAAAGGUUUGGAGAGUAUACUUCCGUUUUGUUUUCACGGUAAGAUGGUCAAGCAUUGGCAUAUCACAGAAGAGAGCGUGAAAGUCACAUAAUCAUGAGAUUCUGUGUCUGUAGCAAAGCCAUCUGGCUGUACGUGGUGGGGGAGGGGGAAGGAGAUGCUAUCGGUGCCCUGCCCAUGUCCCUUCCCAGGCCUGUGCUGGAGUUGUCUUGCAUCAACACAUAGGAGCCAAUUGUACUUCUCUCUUCCUAAAUCUGCUUUCAGGGAUGUCAGACUUGGUAGCUUGAAAUUGCUGUGGUGGGAUUAUUUACGCCAUAGACAUUGGCAGAUGCAAUAGUCCUUUUCUGCUUAGGAGAGCCUGUUGUUAAACAUUUAUCAGGACAUCAGCUGCUUGGCAUACACCACUACUGUAAAUGUCAAUGACUUUCCCCCCAGCUUUACUGAGGUAUAAUUGGUAUACAAAAAACUGCACAUAAUUAAUGUAUGCAAUUUGGUGAGUUUGGACAUAUGUAUGCCCUUGUAUUACUGUUACCAUGAUCAAGGUAAUAAACAUAUCCACCAUCUCCAAAAAUUUCCCUGUGUCC